AAUCUAACAACUUCGCAUUAUUAGCAUGGACCAAAGUCGAAGUCGAGUUUACUUUGGUCCAUGUUAUUAGAUAGUCUCAUUAAAAAUGAAAUAAUAAACCAAAGAACGAAAAAGAACGGAAUAAUACCGGUAUUUUUUGUAUGAAAAAACCGGUUCCGAGCCUUGUUGAUAAUAUACAUAUUUUGUAAAUAAGAUAAAUACAGCUUUCUUUUCUUUCUUCCUAGCGUUGUCCCGGCAUAUUGCCACGGCUCAUGGGAGCCUGGGGUCCGCUUUGACAACUAAUCCCAAGAUUUGGCGUAGGCACUAGUUUUUACGAAAGCGACUGCCAUUUGACCUUCCAACCCAGAGGGUAAAACUAGGCCUUGUUGGGAUUAGUCCGGUUUCCUCACGAUGUUUUCCUUCACCGAAAAGCGACUGGUAAAUAUCAAAUAACAUUUCGUACAUAAGUUCCGAAAAACUCAUUGGUACGAGCCGGGGUUUGAACCCGCGACCUCCGGAUUGCAAGUCGCACGCUCUUACCGCUAGGCCACCAGCGCUUUUUUUAAAUAAUAUAUUAAAUAAAAUAAAUACAGCAUGAGCGGAAAAGUGCUGACUAAAUUAGAAACUGAUAGUCAUCGACCCCCGCCAAAGAUACUCAAGUUACUAUGACGUAAUCCAACAGGAUUUAAUAAAACCCAUUUCUACGUAACCGAAAUCUGACGAAACAAGCACACAUAUGUAUAUAGUAGAAACCGUCUUUAGCUCGUAGCGUUAAGGGGCUGUCAACACCCAAUGUCCUUGAAAUUGAUGUUACUUAAACAGUUUUUUAAAAAAGACUAUUUGUUUUAGUCAAGUAAGAAAAAUAUAUGUUUAUAUUAAUUAUAUUUCAAAGACCGUGGUUGUACUCGAUACAUGAUUGAACGAAAUCGGCUCGAUAGAAAAUAAUUGCAAAGAUUGGUCUUAAAAUCUCAAUUAAACGGUUCUAUGUCUUUAUUGUUUUGACUUAUGGGUCUGCAAUUAAAAUCACUAUUUCAAAACAUUUAUAUCUAAACCGCUAACGAGUAAAAUAUUACACUAAUAAUCCACUUUUUUUUUAUUUAAAUAAUUUUCUUAUUAUUCCCUUGCCCAGGCCCAGUAACAUACGACAGUGCUAUCUCAUUUACUCCGAUACAAAUAGACAGUGUGCGCGCUUUAGGUAUUGACAGCCUCUUAAGGAGAUUGCUUGGCUUUUGGUAAGGCGACCUUACCCUAGAAAUUGCGCAACUUCGUUCGUAAGUCGGUUAGCGCUGUCACUUGUCUUGCGUGCGCGUGAGUGGAAGAUGUGCGUGGAAUUUUGACUUAAUUUGCGAUUUUGACUUUUUGUGUUUUUGAUCAAAAUGGUGCGCGCUGUGUUUUUAUUGUUUGUAGUGAAUUUGUGGAUGGUUGGAAGCGUGGAGUUUAGUGACACACUGGAUUCCGUGCCGCCUCUGUUUGAGCUGGACGACUGGGCGCGUUGUCGGCGUCCUGGUGAUGUGUACUGCGUAUUGGAGGGCGCCUUGGUCUCCGGGAGUCAGACGACGCUGCAGCUGCUAAAGGAUUACUCUUCACAAUCGCUACGCCAUUUUAACCGCACGCUGGUCCAUCGCGGCGUGUGCGCCACGCGCUGCGAGGCCGAGGGGCCGGCGGAGAGCCGCGCGCAGCGCUGCGUCAAUAAGGGCCUGCAGCCUUACGGAGUACAGGUAACUAGUCUGAGGAAUUGGCACGUAUUGCUUGAAGUGAAGGGUUUCUCCAUAUUUUUCCAGGCACAGUUUAACAACACGCGAUCCCUAUGUAUGUCAGCAAGAACCUCAACUGGCAACGACGCGCGGGCGCUGGCGAUAGUACUACUUGCGCUGGUGGUGUUGGCUGCACUGGCCACUGCGACACAUAUCAUCACUGACCGGUUUGAAGUCAAAUGCCCCAGAUUCGUGCUCGCGUUCUCUCUGCGCCGCAACUGGCAGAUCCUGACGUACGACCGCACAAAACCGCGCAGCGACCAACGGAUGAAGGGCGUGGCUUGCAUGGAGGGUAUUAGAGUUAUGGGCAUGCAAUGUGUCAUCUUCGCGCACGUAUUGCUACUGACAGGCACCUCUUUUAUCGACAAUCCGCAAUUUCUGGAACAUAUUUACGAGACAUUUACCGGGCAAGCAGUAAUGAACUCCCCCGUGUGGCUGCAAGCAUUCUUCUGUCUCUCAGGCUUCUUGCUGUCCUAUUCUACCCUCAUCGGCGUUGAGAGCAGCCCCUUCACUCCACUGAAAGCCCUUAUUGCUGUUAUUAACAGAUGGAUAAGGCUAACGCCAGUCGCAGGCAUCAUGCUCUGGUUCACCAUCAGCUGGCUCCCACAGUUAGGCUCCGGUCCUCUUUGGGCCUGGUACGUGGACAGCGAAGCUGAAGCCUGCAGCGAACGCUGGUGGUACCACAUCCUAUACGUCCACAACCAUCUGCCAUUGAACAAACUCUGCAUGGGACAUACUUGGUACCUAGCAGUAGACAUGCAGCUCCACAUCCUCGGCAUGCUUCUGUUGUUGGUGCUGGUGCGCUACCGGAGCGUGGCGCUGCCGAUCCUGGUGUCAUUGCUGGCGUGCUCGGCUGCCGCGGCUGCCUUUGUAGUCUACUUGUAUCAGCUGAUGCCGAUCAUCACUGCGCAGAGUCCGGAAGACCUCCGUACGCUCUUCUCGAAAUCCUUGGUCCUGCCAAAGUUGUACUUACCGAUGUGGAUGAACCUGGCAGGCUACGCGUGCGGGAUGGCGGCGGCAUUCUUGCUGUAUGAGGUCCAGAGGAAGGGCAUCAAGCUGAGGGAUAGCAAGCUCUUCAACCUAAUCUUCCAUCUCUCCCUACCCGUGGGCACCGCGAUCGUAUGGCUGGGCGUGUGGUUCCUCCACGAGGAGACCCCCCCGCAGUGGGCCGCGAUCGUGUACAGCGCGCUCGACCGCCCGCUCGUCGCCAUCUGUUUCGCUAUCUUCAUGCUCGGCUGUGUUACUAAAUGCAAAUCGGCUCUACGCUCCAUGUUUGCGUGGAAAGGCUUCCAUACACUCGGGAGACUGUCCUACUGCGUGUUCCUCACGCACUUUGUCAUCCUACGUGUCCUGGUCACCAGUAACCCGCAGCUUGGUCACCCUACUACACUUUCAUUGAUAUCGCUGCUAAUAACGGCAUCUGUGUUGUCGCACCUGGCAGCUAUUCCUCUGUGUCUACUAGCUGAACUGCCAGCUAUAGAGCUGUUUAAGUCUUUAACGGAGAAGGAGCGGGUGCCAGCUCCGGUGGAUUUAGAUCUUGUAGUCACUAAGCGGACUGAGAACGCUUGAGUUGCGCUUGAUAAGAUAUUUUGCUUAAACUUUCUAAGUCAAAUUAGCUACUCUUUAUAAAUCGUGUCAUUUACGAAGACGCGUGCCUUGAUUCGUAUAGUCAAGUUAUUAAAGGUUAGAUUUGACAAUUUUGCGCGUCAUCGUGGAUGACACGAACUAUACUAAGACGAAAGUGUUUCAUACAAACGUAGUCCUCAUUUCCCUCUCUGGAUGUUAACAUUACUGAAAAUAUUUUUACACAAUUUGUUGUAUGCCAAGUUGCCAACCACAGCUAUGCCCCUAUUUAUUUAUUUAUUUAAUCUUUAUUGCAUAAUACAUGAAGGUACAAAUGGCGGACUUAAUGCCUUACAGGCAUUCUCUACCAGUCAACCAAUGGGUUAAACCAGAAAGAUUAAGUAGGUGACGUCUUUUAAAGUAAAUGAAUUUGUAACCAAGACUAUAUAUGAAUAUAAAGUAUAUAUUGAUAAACUUACACAUAUACUUAAUACAAAUAAACAUACAUAAUAUUAUACUAAGUGUGAAUCAUUAAGUUGAUGAAGAAGAAAGUUUGCCUCUACGUAAUUUUUAAUUAUUACAAGAGUUAGAAGCAUUUAAAAAUCCAAAAAAAACUGAAACUUUGAGGUAUAGCUAUGGUUAAUAUACAUCAUAUUAUAUAAAAAUACUUUCCAUAAUGAUAAUAUGGAAAAUGGGGACUUUGUUGAUAUGGGGAAGCGGCCAUCCUCUUUCCUCUAAACCGUCAUUACCGGGCUGACACAUUGUAAGAAAAUAAUUUUAAUAUAAGUACUGUGUUAUAUCAUCAAUGUAUACGUGUAAGUUCCUUAGAGCAAACAGCUGUAAAAGUUUUGGAAAUGUAAUCAAGAAAGUUAACUGAUAAGUCCGAAGCCGGCACAAUACACUGGGUUUUGGAUCAUUCCGUCGUCGCGUUUAAAUCUGUAGGACAUCUACGCGCCGCGGACUGAAGUGAUUCCAUUCGGGGCGGGGUGGAGCGGUUCCAUUCUUUCUUCUUCCUCCUAGCGUUGUCCUGGCACAUUGCCACGGCUCAUGGGAGCCUGGGGUCCGCCUGACAACUAAUCCCAAGAUUUGACGUGUGCACUAGUUUUCACGAAAGCGAGUGCCAUCUGACAUUCCAACCCAGAGGGUAAACUAGGCCUUAUUGGGAUUAGUCCGGUUUCCUCACGAUGUUUUCCUUCACCGAAAAGCGACUGGUAAAUAUCAAAUGAUAUUUCGUACAUAAGUUCCGACAAACUCAUUGGUACGAGCCGGGGUUUGAAUCCGCGACCUCCGGAUUGCAAGUCGCAUGCUCUUACCGCUAGGACACCAGCGCUUAUAAUCCAUUCUUUAUAAUAUAUUAUUACCUUUUUUGUGCCGUUAGGUGAGUGUUACUCGUGAAUGAAAUAAAGAAUUUUGUAUUUUUUAAAUUUUGGUAUUUUGUAUUUAGUUACUUUAAAAAAUGCCACUUUGAUUAAUUUUGUAUUUUUUCAUAAAUUUUGCGUUUUUUCUACUCAGAUUCGAGCUCUUUCGAUCGUAAUGGAAUAAAAAAAUGGCCCAGGGUUUUUUUGCUAUUGUGUUACCAUUUCCCCAUAUACUUUGUAUCGUGGUUACAAAAAGGAAAGUAUGAAAAAUGUAUCGAA